CAAAUCUUGGACGAAACAUGGACAACGACGAGUUGUUUGGGUAUGGCAGCACCGACCAUCGGACGAACUUUGACAAGCGCGACGCGGCCGACUCGAAGGACGCCUUGCUUGAAUUCUAUCGGGCGCGGUGCGAUGCGUUCCAUCAGGAGCGGAAGGACCUCUUGGAGCGCUUCCAUGAGCUCGAUGUGUCGAGGGAGUCGUGGCACCGAACUCAAUGGCAGAACCAAGUGCACAAGCAGGAAAUUGUGGACCUCAAGGUCGAAUUGGCUCGCGUGAAGGACUCGUUGCAUGCUGCCGAGGAAACGAUCGCUGUGCUUCGAGCCGAGCAGGACUCGUUCAAGGUCCAAGAGGCCGAAGACAGGAAGCGCAUCCAGCACUUGCUGCACUUGACCCACCCCACAUCCGAAGAAGUGACGUUUUUCAAGGACUGCCGCCCCGGCCACUCGCUGCGAUCGCCCGUCGGUGCCCAACCGCAUGAUGCCGUCGGCACCCAUCAUCGGUCCAACGUGAGUUUGUCGGAAGAAUCCGGCUUCCAUCGAGCCAUGCAUCAGAACGACAAGAUGAAGCGCUUGAAGCGGCAUGCAGCCACCUGCUCGACGAACGGAGGCGGCAAAGUGGGGCGAGUCAUCCGCACGGUGUAUCUGCCUAGCGAACAAGCAGAUUCGUUGCUGCUUCGAGUCCAAGUCCUCACUAAGCAGCUCGACGUCAACCGAAAGCUCUCGGACGACCGAAUUCAAAGCCUGUUGAACGACUUGGAAAUGGUGAGCGUCGAAUCCACUCGCCAACGGGACGCCCAUCACCUCGAACUGCAAACUGCGCAGACCGAUUUUGCCAAAAUGCAACGGCUGCUCAACAAAUCCACCAAAGAUUUCUUGGUGGCUCGGCACGAUGCCCUUGCGGCCCAGCGAAGUGCCGAGGAAGAGAUGGCGCGGCUUCACUCGCUUCUUCGCGCGGCGGAGGCCGAUAAGGAAGCUGUCCAAGUCCAAGCCAAAGCCGAAACCCAAUCUAUCCGAGAAACCAUUCGCGCCGAGGGCAACCUUUGCGCCGAAGAGUUCCGCAAGCAAGCCGUGUCCAGGGAGCGUGACAUCCACAUCCUCAAGGAGCAAUACGCGGCCGUCCAGGAAAGCUACAGUGCGCGCAUUUCGGAUUUGCAGGCGCGGCUGGCCAAGCUGCGCUCCCGGUAUAAGGCGCUAGAAGGGCGGCGGAACCUCGAGAUGGAGGGCUUCUCCAGGGAUAUCGCCACACUCAAACGACAUGUGGUCAAGCUCGAAAACUUGUGCUACGGCACCAAGCUCACCAACGACGACAUUCGACUGCUGCGGAUGGAUGAAUGGCACACGCUGAAUGCACCGGAUUUGGAAGCUGAAAUUCUGCACCUGCAGGUAAUAUAGGCACUUUGUAGUAUUGUCCUUAUUUUACCCAAAUUUGGACUUUUGUCCAAAUCUAUCGAUAUAUCGAUUCUUUUGACUUUGUAUGUAAGAAUCGUCCAGUGUCACAC